GCUGGCGGCGUCGUCUCUGAACGUCUGUUGUUCGCCUCAGAGCGCCUGUGACAGUGGACGGCUUUGAUUCACGCUGUGGUGGAGCCUCGUUUUGGGAUCUGGAGAACAAUUAAUGCGGCCGGAACGGAGCGCAUGAAGGAUGAGAAGAUGAACGUGGAGGCUCUGAGCAGGGCAGAGCUGCUGACUCUCCUCAGUAUCUUGGAGGGAGAGCUGGAGGCCCAGGAUGUGGUCAUACACGCCCUCAGGGCUCAGCACAGAGACACUUUCGUCCAGGAGCGUUACGGCCAGUAUGACCUCAGCGAUCCAUUCCUGGCCCUGCAGCGGGACAGCGAGCCCGAGGAGCGCCAGAACACGCUCACCCAGCCUCACGCGCACCUCCAGGGUCGGGCGGUGGGCCCAAACCCUCUGGCUGUGCUUAAGCUGGUCAUGGCCCACUGCAAGAGGAUGCAGGAGAGGAUGAUGGGACAGUUGGCCGCUGCUGAAAGCAGACACAGGAGGAUGAUAGCUGACCUGGAGGAGGAGAAACGGCGGCGUGCCCAAGAAGCGGCGCACAGCGAUGACUUCACCUUCAUGCUGCGGACAGAGAGAGACAAACUGCUGCAACAGUUGGAGGUGGAGCGUGCAACUGUGCGAAGGUUAGAGAUGGAGCAUGAACAGGCAGUCAGCCAGGCGGAGGAGUCGCUGUCCCAGCAGCAGCAGCUCUCCUCGUCUCUGACCCUUGAGCUCCAGAAAGCCAGCGGCCUGGCCCAGGAGGAGGCUCAGAAGGUCUCCCAACUCCGCACCUUGCUCCAAGAGGAGACCGGUGCACUGGAGAAGCUCCGGGGGGUUCUCGAAGACGAGAAGAGCAGGGCAGCCCAGCUGGAGGCCGGGUCUAAGAGGCAGCUGGCCGAGUUCGACGCAGAGCGCGAGCAGAUGAAGGCCAGGAUCAGCCAAGAGGAGGAGAGGAGUCGGGAGCUCGAGAGACAGCUGGAGGAGCUUAGGAAGAGGUUAAUUGAAGCAGGUGGAUGUAAAGGGGAGGUAAAGGAGGAUGUGACAGAGGUGAAAGAGUCGCUUUCCAAGUCGAUGGUGGUGUCCACCUCUGUUCAGACCGAGCCAGACGGCAAGGCAACUGUCGCUCCCAAAUCUGCCUCACUGUCAAAGGUCAACGGCUAUCACAUUCAUAAAGAGACAGAGCUGCCACAGGAAGGCAGGGGAGCAGAAAAUGGAGGGGUGAUGGAGAAUCCAGGAGGAGGACUUUUACAUUCUCCUCUUCACAUUCAUCCUCACCCUCACCCUCAGUCCCCCUCCAGCACAGCCUCCUCCUCCCUCUCCUCUUCCCCCAUCUCUUCCCCUGUUCUUGCCAAGCGCCUGGGCAGCCCGGGCUUCCAUCAGUCCUCCUACCAGGCUGGAGUCAACCAGCGCUUCCAGGCCGCCAGGCACAAGUUCCAGAGCCAGGCCGAGCUGGAGCAGCAUCAGCACAGUGGCCCGCUCUCCCCCAGGGACCUCUCCCCCACCACUUCUUCCGUCCCUCCCCCACCAGAGCACAGCACCGCCAAGCAGCUGGCCCGCAACACUGUCACUCAGGUGCUGUCCCGCUUCACCAGCCAGCAGGCUGGCGUCAAGCUGGCACCAAUCAGCAGCUCGCCAUUUGGUACAGACUACCGCAACAUAGCAGCAUCGCCUCCUGGGGGGAGGUCCCCUAUUUCAGGGCCUCUGUCUCCGGGCAUCCGUUCCCCCCUCACUCCCCGAUCAGAGAAGACCCAUCCGCCUCCUAUCCCUCCCAAGAAGCCAGGCAUGAGUCCAACUCCAGGCUCCCCAAGUCACCUUAGUCGGACCAGCCUCUUCCCAGAGCUGACAGGGAACUGUGGACACAGCAAUAGUGGGCAGGAGGGAGCCAAGGAGCCUGACCUGCUUUUGUCUUCUAGCAGCUAACUAAAUGAGUCAGGCCCAAACCAACAGUUACUGUAUUCUCCAUCCUGAAACCCACCUCAUAGAACUAACAUCUAGAUGUAUAGACGACACUCCAAAGCUGGACUGGUUCAGACACAUUUAAUUUUGUUAACUUGAAGAACCAUUGGAAAAGAAAUAUUUGAAAUAAAAUGUAGUAUAUUAUGGAUUUUCUUGAUUUGAUUUAAUAUUUCUAUUAACAAUCAUGCCUUUAUUCCUUUUAUAUCGAUUUUUGUCAAAGUUUUAAGUUUUAGAUUAUAAAUAUUUAUGUUAUUUUCCACAUUAGCCCUGUAUUUAGGGUAUUUGAAAAAAACAAAAACAAAAAAGAUAUAUAUAUAUAAAAAAAAAAACAAAGACCUGUUUGGUCUCAAAGAAAGAAAGAGAUUUUGCAACACUUCUUUCCGCUUUCUUUUAAUGCUCAGAUCGUCUCGCUUAGAAUCAAAAGACAACGACUUGGAAGCAGAACUGUAUAACAAGUUGAAGGGCUAACAUACAGGAUAUGGAUGUAAAGUAAAGCGAAUGUGUAGCUUUCAACCUUUUCACAAUAAACUAGUGAGUAGUUUUGAUACGUUUUUUCUAAUGCAGUUGUUGUGGAGGGGGUCCAUGAAAACAAUGUUGUACUGUAUGACUGGUUUAAAGAAUUUCUCUCGAUGAAUGAACUACACAUGCAUGUUCUGAUUUCUUUUUCUAUUGAACUUGUCAUGAAUACACUGAAUCUCGUCUUGAAAAGGGAGAGCACACUUUGUACUACAUUACUGUGAGAUUCAUUGUCUACACUUUGUGAUAUUUUGUUCAGGGAAGCUUAAUCCACCCAAAUCAAAGGACCAUUGGUGAUGACUAUGUGAUAACCCUUUUGGGAUAUUCCAUGAAUGGACAUAUUGAAAAUGCUACUGUAAAUGUCUCUAUAGCAUCUGUCAAAUAGUUUACUUAUUGUCUCGUGUCUUGCUCUAACAGUGCUACACAUCAGAUGAUUGUUUUAGAUUUACCAUGUUUUUAUUUUGUUUUUUUUUAAAUUUCUGGCUUUGAAACCAAGAACUGAUUGAAAGCGAUUGCUAUUUUUGCCAAUCAGUCUCAACUUGUAGCUUGUCUGUCUUUUUGUUUCUUUUUACACCAUUUGUAUGUCUAACUCAGCUGUCUCUAGUAAAUGUGCAUAUCAUGAUCACCUUCGAGAUCUAGCGGUUUUAAAUAAAUUGAACAUGCCUUAAAAUGA